UUUGAUUUUGAUGAUGAAAAUAAAGCAAGCACAAUGUGUGUUCCAUGGUAACAGGAUGAAAAGGAAAUACAGAAGAUGGCACAGAAACAGUUUCGUGUAUUGCGGUCUGCCACAGAUUUCCGAUACGGCUACAAACUUGUUGAAAACAACAAUUUGAGGGCCGCACUUGCUGCGAAUGAUGUAAUCGAGCUUCCCAGACCAGAAGAACUCAAAACCGUUGUUGACAAGGUGAAGGACUUCUUUGGCGACGCCAAAGAAUCUUUCGGGAAGAUGACAUUCUUGGACACCGGAGAUGAUUCGUCAGAAGACGAAGUUACUAAAGAGGCUCCUAAAGAAAAAUCCAAGGAGAAAUCCCCGGUGAAGAGCUGAAUCUACUCUGCCAGAGAAAGAAGUUGAAGACUUUACAGAGAGGCAUGGACAACAAUCACCACAUCAUUUGUUUAUAUAGAACAGUUUCAUAUUCCAGUCAUCUUUUAGUUUUAGAUUUGUUCUUGAAUUAUAACUUUGAGAUGACUUUUCUUGGCAUAUUCACCGUUUGAUUUGAUCAGGGAAACAUGCUAUGGUGUUGUGAAUAUUAUAUGGAUUUUGAAUAUAGAAAUCGAAUCAAGUGUGUGAAUA